ACAGUGUUAUGGUGUUGCAAAGACUUUAGAGCGCCUAACCACGGGACCAGUGCAUCAGGAGUUAAAAUACAAAUUCUGAUGUCAUGAAGUCUGUGCUGGUUGGAACGAUGUAAUCACUCCAGUGAUCCGGAAGAAGCCUAGUGGGGCAGCAUUAUGGCGCUAGUCGUUCGGACUUUAUUCUGAGGGUCGCCCGUUUGUGACUGAGCGCACAGCCUUUCAAUCGAUCCACCUUUAUCAGCGGUGUCCCGUUAAGACAUGCGGGGCAGAGGCUACCUACUGACGUCGAAACGAAAGUAGCCUACAUGUUUUUGUAGGACGUUCUUUUUAUUCUGUGUGAAGCUACAUGUAAAAAGUGAAACAGCUGUUGACGCACAUCAAAACAAACAGAGGUUAACGUUACCAUUAACUCUUAAGAAGCCAUGGGGAACGGAAUGAAUAAGGUCGUUGAUGGCCUUUAUCUUGGAAAUAUAAGGGAUUCAGAGAAUGUAGACAGCCUUUCCAAGAACGGGAUUACACACAUUCUCUCAGUGUACAACAAUGCCAAGCCAGUCCUAGAGGAUAUGACAUACCUUUGUAUUCAUGCAGCUGAUGCCUCAAGUCAGAACCUGUCACAACACUUCAAAGAGUGUAUCAGUUUCAUCCAUGAGUGUCGACUAAACGGAGGGGCUUGCCUUGUGCAUUGUCUGGCAGGGGUGUCCCGUAGUACCACCAUGGUUGUGGCCUAUCUGAUGACCGUCACCAACUACGGCUGGGAGGACUGCCUGUCAGCGGUCAAGGCUGUGCGUUCCUUUGUGGGCCCAAACUACGGAUUCCAGCAGCAACUUCAGGAGUUCCAGAUGAAACAAGUCUCAGAGUACCGCUCCUGGUUGCAGGCGAGUUACCAACCCAGUCCCCUCAAGGAGCAGGAGCAGGUGGAGGCCCUGCUCACUCUGCUCGCUGAGCAGCAGCAGCAGGAGCGCGAGCGCAGGGGAGAGGGGGACCCGGCGUGGAUGAACCAGGCCUCCGGCGUCUACCCGCUGCCCUACAACGCCUACGGCUCAGACAGCAAGAGCUGAGAGGGUGGAGAUGGGGGGGUCCUCCGUCAGAUCAGGGUUGAGCCGGCGAUUAGCUUGGUGCUUUUUCAGGUCAACACAGAAUCCCCCCCCCCCCACCCCACGCCACCCCAAUCCAACUGUUGAACAGAGCAACUGUGCAUCUGAAGAUAGUCACGCAGAGAUCUUUAGCCCCUCUGACAUAGGACACCCACACACCACUACCGGAAUGUAACAUUAGUAUUUCCUACAUAUGCUCCUCACUAAGUAUGUGUUGUGUUUUGAGGUGAUUGAUCACACCGAAUAAUACCUCCUUUAUGUCAGGAUGUGCAAAUUAGUUUGAUUAGUUUGUGUUUGGCUGCUAAAACCAGGACUUCAAGAGUAAAUAACACUGACUGGGAGGUAAAAGAAUUCGCUCACUGUUACACAAGUUAAGGGGUUUUUGCCUAAGUGCCAGAGAACAGAUAGAUGGUGUCCAACUGAAGAGAGGAUCUUUAAAAGCCAUGUUUUGGGGUUUACUCACAGACUCCCACACUCUACUCAGAUGCCACACUACUUUUAUCAUCAUCCGAUUCUUUUUUAUAAGGUAUCUUUUCAGAAAAAAAAAAAAAAAUGUAUGGUACUUAUUCAGCUGUAUGAGAUAUAUGUAUUUGUUUUGUUUUUCAAUAAUGAUUUAUACAAUUUAAUUGAAAUUAUAUAUAUUUACUGUUAAAUUAAAAUAAAACUAUUUAUACUCAG